CAGAGGCUGGUACCUCCCACAGAAAUCAUGGCAUAUACUGGCCUCACCGUGCCUCUCAUCGUGAUGAGCGUGUUCUGGGGCUUCGCCGGCUUCCUGAUGCCCUGGUUCAUCCCAAAGGGUCCCAACCGGGGAGUUAGCAUCACCAUGUUGGUGACCUGUUCCGUUUGCUGCUAUCUCUUUUGGCUGAUUGCAAUUCUGGCCCAACUCAACCAUCUCUUUGGACCACAGGUGAAAAAUGAAACCAUCUGGUACCUCAAGCAUCAUUGGGCUUGAGGAAGAAGACCUGCUCACCAGUGCUCAGUCGCUGAGGUCACGAAGAGAACUCCUCUGGGUGCAAAAUCACCUCCAUACGCAGACCACCUUCCUUGCCUCGCCCACUUUGGCCAUCAGCUGCCUUAAACGUUCCCACCACAUUUGAAUAUCUUAUUCUACAAUGCAGUAUUUUUUCCUAUCACAUUUUUUACACUUUGAUGAAUGAUGUAUCUAUUGAAUCUAAACUGUGCUGCCUCUAUAAAAUGUUUAUGUACUCUUCCAAGAUAGAAAGUGCUGUUCUUCUGAGAAAUAACGUUACUCUCUCCUUGGAAAGUGUGGAUUUGAAGAUGGUUCCUGCCUGCUCACAACACGAGAAUCAGAGAAGUGUUUAAAAACUGUUACAUGACAAUAAGACUCCA